GAAACCUGCCUACUGUCUCUUUAAAUUUACCCAGGAGCCCCCAAAGGAGCCCCAGGGGCCCAUGCACGGAUCCCCACCCUAAAGACUUGAGCUGCUUUAAAACACGGCCGGGGAUCCUCUUUUAGCACGCCCUAAAAAAACAGAGACUACCUCUUUUAAUUCUCAAAAGACGCGGAUCCGAACAGCGACUGUUUUGGAGAUAUGAAAAAGUUGAGCUGGAGGCUCCUGGUUUGGAGAAGGGGGAGAGGGGCCGGGAAAGACAUGGGUGCACGUUAAUGAUAUACAAUAAUAAUAAUAAUAAUAAUAAUAAUAAUAAUACCUAUAGAAAAGAAUUCGGGCGAGGAUCGCUCACGACAUUGCAAAAAAAAAAAAAAAAAAAAAAAAAUCCUACAAAUUGUAUUACUAAAAUAAAAAAACAAUGGACGAAGUAGAAACGCACAAAGGAGGCACCCCUUGUUAUCUGCGCGCUGGAGAAGGCGGUGCGAUCAAAAAAACAAGGAUAAGUAACGCCGACGGCAGAGAAGAAACAGCAACGCUGAGGCAGGCGAAGCAGGAAGAGGAGCUGAACAGAGAUACCUGUGACCCGGAUGAGUCCGCAUCUGGCCCAGCUUUGGGGUGCUGCCUCAAACUGUCUCCGGGAGGAGGAGAGGCGGAGGGAAACACGUCCUACUGGAGCCAGCCAGCCUCCAAACCACUCUCCCCCCCCUCCCCCUUCCUCCUCCCCUCCCCCCUCUCCUCCUGCUGCGGGGCCCGUAAGCACGGAGAGCAGAGGGAGGAGCGAGCGUCGCGUCCGGGAAAGAGUCGCAUCCCAGGCAGGGACCACCGGCGCUACUACCACGAGUACUGGCGCACGGAGUUCCUGAUGGACUUCGAGCCUCAGCGCCACGGCAUGAUCUGCAUGGUGUGUGGGAGCUCGCUGGCCACGCUCAAGCUCAGUACUAUCAAGAGGCACAUCCGCCAGAAGCACCCGGACUCCCUGCUCUGGAGCCAGGCUGACAAGGAGGUGAUCCGCUCGGGCUGGGAAGCUCACCUCUCCCUGGAAGGAGGGUGCGGGGCUGGAGGCGCCGGCCCGGGCAGCGCUGAGGUGCUUGACUGUGCGAGGCGCUCUGUGGGGAAGCCUCACUUGUACGACCCGAAGAGAAGCCCGCAGAGAGGGGCAGGAGAGGGCGGCAGGGGGGCCCAGUCCCGAGGGGCCCCUGGCUCUGGAGUGCGCACUCUGGAACGCUACCUCAACGAGGCCCUGCACUCCUGGCUCAGGCAGGAGUUCCUGAUGGAGUACCACGCGGAGGCCAGCCGGCUGGUGUGCAUGGUGUGCGGCAACGAGCUGCCCUCGCUGCACCUGGAGGACAUCAAGCGACACCUACUGGACGUCCACCCCAACUCCCUGAUCUACACCCCCGAGGAGAAGCACAGCAUCCUGCGGAUCUGGGGCGAGAGGAGCGCCCUCUACAGGGGCAACACAGUCGACGUCAGUCCUCUGAACAGCUCUGAAAUCUCCAUCAAAUCUGAACCAGAGACCGAUGGAGAGACAGAGUGCGACCGCAACUACCUCCCCCGGGAACACGACAGCGAGGCUCUGAGUUCCCCCCUCGAGAAAAGGCCUAGGAGCAGGGACCCAGCCUGGAAGAUCACCCCCAGCUCCCCCUUCCGCAAGAGGCACCGACUCCCAGCCAAGACCCCCAGCCCGUGCUACCAGGAGCGCUGGCGGCUGGACUACCUGGUGACCUACAUCUGGCAGAGCGGCAGUCUGGUGUGCAUGGUGUGUGGACAGCCCCUGCCGGCCCUCAGACUGGGAGCCAUCAAGAAACACAUCCAGCACAGCCACCCCGAGAGCGCCAGCCUGGGCCUGCCGGACAGAAAGGCCCUGGCAGAGGCCUGGAGCAAGGGAGAGGGGGCCGAGACCAUGGGGGCGGAGUCCUGCAGCCCCACGCCAGAAGACCCACUCAGCGUUCCCCUGCAGCUCCAUGCUCCCCUGCAGCUCAGCGAUCCUCAGCGGACUCUUGUUCCCUUCGGCAGCAGCUCAGUGAAGGAAGAGCACCACCCGGUGGACACAGUGACAGCGGCCAGCCCAGUGGAGACCAGCCAGCAGGAGCCGGGGGCCCUCGAGGGCCUCCAGGACAGACCGGGGCCCCGGCGGAGCCACUACCCGGGCAAAGACCAGCGGAGGAACUACCAGGUGCGCUGGAAGCUGGAGUACCUGAUGGAUUACGACUGCCGGCGGCACGGCCUGGUCUGCAUGGUGUGCGGGGGCGCCCUGGCCACGCUCAAAGUGAGCACCAUCAAGAGACACAUCCAGCAGAUGCACCCGCACUCCCUGCAGCUCGGGCCCCAGGAGAAGCAGGACAUCCUGCAGGGCUACAGCCAGAGCGGCCAGCGCUCCCUGCAUUCCCAGGACUGUUUCAGCACUGCAGACAGGGGCAAGAUUGGGGUCUGAACCGAGAGGGCUGACCCAGGCUUUGCAGUCCGGACUGACUAUCGGCAUGGCCACUGCCCACCACCACCACUAUCCAGGAAUGUAUCCUCUAAAGCCGAGGGAACAUGGAGACUUCAGAUCUGGUUCCAGGAGACCUACAGCUCUGGCCAAACGUUUAGCAUCAUUCAGAUUGAGACAUAAUAAAAAUCAAUACAACAUGAACAUAAUUUAGAUCUUAACAUCCUGUAAUCAAAGAAACUACUAAAUGAUCUUGCAAUAGUCUACCGGGAGCCAUAAUAGUAGUUCAGUUUUUCAUGUUAGAUUUUGAAAUGUCACAUUUUUCAAUGUUAUAUAGUAUAUGGAAAACUACAAAUUCAGGUUCAAUAAUGUAACAUUAUUCAGCAGGUUUCAUUCGACUUUAUGAAGCUGAAACAGAUCAUUCUACAGGGUGAUGCAAAACUUUGGGCCAUAGAUGUAGUUUGAGGUAACUUUUACUGUAUCAAACCCCCAAGUCUCCCCUGGUGUGCCGUGCAGUGGCCUGAAACCUGGUCUCCUGAAACCAAGUUCCAAGCCACACAGUGUCCCCUUAGCUCGCACGAUAUACAAUAUGAAAUAGUACUAGCCAAGGAUUUCAGAUCUGUGACACUUGUUAGCAUUGCAGCACGGUCACUCUCCCUGUUUAAAAGAGUACUGAAGAAGGAUUCAAAAACAUUUUUCUUAAUUAUUACAACUGGCAACAUUAUCCCUGGUGGUCAUCUUUCAAGCCGUACUCACCAGGGUGUUACAGUCCAUUCUCUUACCUCUUUAUAAGCUCCUUUGAGGAUAUCAAACUACACCCUUAUCUGAACUCUUCAUUGUAACACAAGGUCAAGGAUUGUAAAGCCCUGGUCGGCACUCUGUUAAAGGGGAUUAGGGGUAACGUCGCUCGUGUUUAUAAGAGGCAAGGAAAUGGUUGUCUUGGAUUUAACACUUCACUGAUUCGCUUAGUUCAAGGCUUCAUUUCGAGCAUGUUUUGUUCGCGUUGGAAGGUGCAGUAUUUAACGGCAGAGCCUUUGCUACAGCAGCUGCAGUUCUCACUUCCUCUCCUCGCUGUAUCAUUGUAGGACAUUUCUACAGCUAGCAAGCACAGCAUAAAAUUGCAACUGAAAAGCUGUAUAAUGUGAGAGUAAUUGUUAUAUAUACUACCAGUACCUUCACUGUUGGCAAAGGUGUGUUAAACAUACCGAAACUUUAUGAAGUUGUCUCUCUCUCUCUCUCUCUCUAUAUAGAUAUAUAGAUAUAUAAAUUUUUUGUUUUAUUCAUGCAAGGUACUCACUAAGGUAAGUACAAGGUUGUUUGCCAUUUUUAAAAAAUUUUUUUGUCAUUUUUUGUAAAACAAAAACAAAAAACAAAACCUUCUCUUUCGACAAAUACUUGGACAGAUUGUUACCCAUUUUACCCCAGUUUACUCAUGAACUUUUUAUCUGUGAAUUAGGUGGUUCCCUUACUGUAGUUUUGGAGCACUGGCAUUUCCCCCAGAUAAGCAAGCUGCACACGACUAGGAGUUCCAGUAGAGUUCGAUAUCUGCACGCCUCUGGGUGUGUUCAGCACGAGGCAAAGCCAAGCGUUCGGCUGGAGUGAGUGAUUGCACUUAAAGAAUGGCACCACCCAACCCAACCCAAGUGAACUGGUCCUCAGGCAGAGUGAUUCUGAAAGUUCCCAGCUGUGUUGGCAUGGUGACAGAUCUCCACAGUUUGGAACACUGGUUAGCCAAUGAGAUUUCUCCCUCUAUUCUUGCCAUUGUAAAAUGGUGCACAUUGCAUUUGAUUGUGAAGACUCAAUUGGGGUACAAUGGGUAACAACCCCCCAGUCACUGUAUUUACUCAGCUGUCCUGGUAGGAAGGAAGUGUAUUAUGUAUGAUAUACAGAAUGGACUUUCUUUUGCAUAAUUCAGAAAUGUAAAAAAAAAAACUUCCUUGUAAAUACAGCUUCCAAUUUAUGGUGUGAAUUCAUUUUUUUUUUAUAUUUUAGGGUGAUCAGUUUACAAAACAGCAUAUUUUGUGUACGGCUACAGAGAUGUUUCUAUAUACAUACACUGUCUGGCCACUUUAUUAGGACCAGUCUAUUGAAUUUGGCAUCACCCUGAAUUGGAGAUUAGGCUGGUCAUGUGAUGUGACUUCCCUGCUGUGAAGCUGUGGGAGCAGCACGCUCGCAAACAGUCUACCAGGACUGGGGAAAGAUCAAACAGCAUUGGAGAGAGAGUGGGGGCACGUGGAGCAGGAGCCACAGUAGCAAGGACAGUCCUGCUGGUCAGGCUGCUCCAAGAGUCAUCAGAGUGGAUCAGCAACGGCAAAGGGAAACCUAGAGAGACAGCUGUGGCUGCAAACAAUGACGGACAGAGAGGAAACUAGAGAGGAUCAUCAAGAGUGAGAUAUGAAGGACUGGAUGGAUCCCUCGAGGCACCUUCCAACACCUUGUGCAGUCUACGCCAUGUCAAGGCUGUGAUCAGAGUAAAACAGAGGCUCAACCUGAUAUUAGGGACAGGUCCUAAUAAAGUGACCAGGCAGUGGUGUGUGUGUGUAUAAUAUAUAUCUCCAAAAAGAUCUGUUUUGUAGUUUGAUGUUUCUGUGCUUUUAAUGGGAGUUUAGAGAGAUGUGCUUCAAUACCUUGACAAAGACAUUAUUUGCUCUGCACAGAAAAGACAAUUGAUUCAGAGCAUGAAACAUCUUAUUAUAUGCAUGCAUGACAAAAUAACACCCACACAACUCAAACCGAAUACUCGUUUGUCGUCAUUUUUUUUUAUUAAUAUCACAUUGACGUCAGCAUAGGAACCAAGUAUUUUCGCUUCUUUAAAAGCUCUUAAAUUACUAAAUGUACGCCUAACACAAACAGAGCUUUAUUUAGUAUACAGAUCUCUACCAAAAAAACAAAGCAAAACAAAAAGGAUAAACUAAAAAUAAUUCUGCACACUGUCACUGAAGAAAGCAGCAACUAAAUAAUGUUAUUCUUGAGUCCUGGGGCCUGUAUGCGUGACUCUGGUCAGUACUUGGGAGAAUUAAUCAUAAAAAGAAAGAACGAACGAGACAGACAACCUUGUACCGUUUUGUUCAGCAUCGUGACACCCCACGUUAUUAUACAAGGCGAUUAUAUAAAGUAUGUUUUUGAAAAAUUGGCUAUUGUGGGAGAUCAAUAUAUUUAGUAAUCAAGUCUGGUUCAAAUAGUUUCUCAUCUUUCAACGUGUGAAAAUUAAACACAGGGCUGUUCCAACACAAUGAAAGCUGUGCGAAUUUAAAAAAGGACAAAGAAAAAUAUAUAAAACCUUCUAUAAAGCACACUCUGAAAUAAGUGUUUCUACCUCUUCAUUGAAACCAAGACACAAUGUUUAUUUAUCCCCCCCCCC